AGAAGAUUCACACUGGGAGGCAGUUCCCAGAUCCCCCCUUCCCCCAAUCUUAGAAUGAGCGUUGGUAGUCGUCGGAGUUAUCUGAAUCAAUUUAACAGUUUAUUCGGUAUGUUGAUUUUUUUUUUGGCGUGCGUUGGGGUUCAGGUGGUGCCCCGCCCCUCCGUUUCUCUCCAUGCGCCUAUCGCUUCAAUACCGUGUCAGUCUAUACGGCAGAACUAUUCCAGAUUUGUGGAUGCCACCAUUCAUUCAUUCCCCUCUUAAUCUCCCGAUUCUUCAAGCACUGGACGAUAGAUGAUCUACGUCAUUCCCGAGCCCCAGGGGCUGGA